GACAUAAGAGACUCAUAGAGAAAGUAAGAGAGAGAGACAGGCGUGAUGAGGACUUACGAGAAGGUUCUACUGUUGGUCUCUCUCCUAACUGCUCUGGAGGUGGUGUGGAGCAUGGGGGAGCCUGGGGAGGUGAUGGUUCCAGGCUCUCCAUCUAACGUCAGUAAGAACGACAAGGGGCUGGCGAAGGCCGUGCUGGUGGCCACCUACUCCUUCAACAACCAGUCUAACGACGCCUAUCUGUUCAGGACCUCCGAGGUGGAAAAGGCCCAGAGACAGAUCGUGAAGGGGAUCCGCUACAUCUUGGAGGUCCGAAUCUCCAGAACCGUGUGUCUUAAACGCCUGGGCCGGGACCUGUUGGACUGCGAACUCCAGCCAGAGGGACGUCUUCACCAGAUGUUCCAGUGUCACUUUGUGGUCCUGUCCCUGCCCUGGCUCGACAUGAUGACCACCACCUCCAUCCGCUGUCAGCACUGAGGAGUACGCCUUGCAAGCCCCACAUGUUCUAGCGCCACAUUCAAUUCUUAGCAGCUAAAUUCUUAGCAACUAAUUCUGCUGCUAGCAUCGUCAAAUAAUGUGCUUAAUCCCUGCUGUACAUAGAAAUAAAAAACCUAGAGCUCCAUUCUUAAUGAAAGCCGCUGUGUCUGUGUUCAUAUCUAACUUAUCCAUCUCCAAGAUUAGCUUAUCUAAGGUAAAUAUAGGAAAAUUACACAUUACUUAUGUAUUACAGUUGAAAUGAGAAUGCCUAAGAUUUAAAAAUACUAUACAGCAUGUCAACCCCACUGUUGAAUCAUAACAUUCAUCACAUUAUUUUCCAACACAAGGUGAUGUUGAGGUUGAUUGUUUAUCCAUUGAAAUCCUCCCUGCUUCUGUAGAUCAUAAAAUGUAUUCUUGCAUUAUUCUGACCUAGGUUCCCCUCCAAGACCUCCUGCAACAGGAGGACUAUAGAUCGUUCUCACAGGGUUCAAAGAGGCCUAUGUCUCCCUGCACAAGGAGGCCCAUAUGUCUCCUUGUGCAUGAAAUUCUACGAUUUUUUUUAGAAUCAAGCCGGAGUGUAGGUGAUGAAAAGGACAGGUACAAGCAGAAAGGGUGUAAAUCUAUGCUGAAGGUUUGAUGGGUGAUUUGUUAGUUGAAUUACUAAAGACACCCCGAAUAGUCUGGUAGACAGACAGGGAGGCAAACUCUAAUCAUGGAGUGAUUAGAGUCUGCCUCCCUGAAGAGUUUGAAAAUAUUGCUAAGAGUUUGGUUUUAGGGAUUGGUUUGGUUUUAUGGGAGUUAUUAGGGGUUGUUUUGGGGGUUAAAAUUAGUUUUAGAGUUAGGGUCUUGCUUUAAUGUUAUGUUUUCAUAUGGGGGUGAGUGCUUUGAAAAUAACCUUGGAUGGUGUAAAGAAGCAUACAAACGGCUACCUCGGAUUAUAUUUUAUGUGGGCGUGUCGACCUAGAUCUGUGCUGGAUAGAUCAGUCUACCAGCCUACCCAGUGGACUGAAGUAAACGUUGCUCAUCUAUAAAGGGAAGAUCUAGGUGGACACGCCCACUAGUGAUGUCAUAUGGGGCAGAUUUUCCAAACGGCUUGUAAGGCUUAUCACUCUCACACCUGGUGGGAUAAUAUUUCCCCUUUAAGUUGUUUUAAUUUACUUGUUUGCAUUUAGUUUUUUUUUUCUUCAAUUGUUUUAUGAAUAUCUGAAAAUGACCUGAUUGGAAUCAUGAAAAU